CAUCCGGCCAAUAAGAAUGCCGAGAAGUAUCACCGGACUGGCUACACUGAAAUCAUAUUCCCUAAGGUUGAGAAAACGUUGGAUAUGUUCAUUCAAGGAAUGCAUGAUGACCACGAUGAGGUUGAAGAAACUCAUAAGGCUUUUAUCGAGAAGGGCAUCCAUCUUGGACUCCGCCUGGAAUUUGCGAUAUUUUGUGAACUACACAAGGAUGAUCCCCGGGCUAUUGAAAACCCCUAUCUAUUCGAGAAAGACUGGUUUUGGAUGGGCCCAGAAAGCAUCCUGAUUGAUACCCUAAUCUCAUUUUGGAGGGGAGUCGAGAAAUGCAUGGUGUCGAAACUAUCAUAUGAUGGAAAGGCAUUCACGUGUGAUGGAACAUGGGUAGUCCGUGAAGGAGAAACUAUGGAUCAAGCAAAAGCGAGGGUGAACAACCGAGAGCGUGAGAGGCUAAGGGAGCAAGCGGAAAAGGAAUACAAAGCAGAAAGGGAGCGGGAGAAAGAAGGGUUGGAGAAAUUGUGCGAGGAGGAUGGAAGGAUGCCAUAUGGGCAGAACAAGACAGGCAGGAGAUGCUGA